GGAACUGAGGGAGUCACUGAGCAACAUGAGAAUCUCCAUGACAGAAACAGAGGUUGAUGAUGUUGUUGUCAAGUUCGAUUCUAAUGGAGAUGGGUUGCUCGAUUUUGAUGAGUUUUGCUUGUUGACUAUGGCAAUGAGUGGAGGGGAUGAGAAAGAGGGUGGUGGAGAAGAUGAAGUAGAGGGGAAUUUGAAGGAGGCAUUUGAUGUGUUUGAUAAAGAUGAAGAUGGGUUAGUUUCAGAGGAGGAGCUGGCUCUGUUUCUUACUUCGUUGGGAUUAAGGGAAGGGAAGAAGAUUGAAGAGUGCAGAGAGAUGAUUAAGAAGGUUGAUAUGGAUGGAGAUGGCAUGGUCAAAAUGGUCAAUUUCAAUGAGUUCAACUGACAAGGAAAAAAAGAGGAAGACACAAGACUAGGAAACAAACAUGAUAACGCCCACCAAAGAAAGGUGCAGGACAAAUAAACAAAUAAAGCCUCCCACCGAGCCACCUUGAACCCGCAGCAACAAUGGAAAAACACAAGAAAGCAGGGGUGCCCAAGUCUGAUAUAACAAUUCCAAGAGCUCCCAUCGAACGACCAACUCAACCAAUUUCUCAAUUGGAGAUUUCGGUGUUGAUGGUUCUGGGUGGGGGU